AUGUUUUGGCCUAAAAACAACUUUGAUUCAGAUAAAAUUUGGAUUAAUAAUUGUUCGGUACCUUGUUCCGUCACUUAUGAUCGUCGUCGUGCUUUCAAAACAGAUAUAGUUUUAGUGCAUCAAACAAAAUCCAUAGUAGAAGGUUUUAUUAAUCGUCAAUUACAAAAAUUAGCUUUAUUGAGUUUGGAACCUUUUUGUAUGUAUGAUAUUGCUAAAAAUCUUGCUCAUGUGGAUAUUCUUAUUAGUUUUCAUAAAUUUUCUGACGUACAAGUGACCUAUUCCAAUGCUGUUGUAGACAGUUUUAAAGCAACUGAAAAUAUGUACUAUCAUCUGAAUAAACGGUUCAACAUUUUAAACCGAUUUCCCAAUAUGACUAUAAAAGAUCAACGUGUAUUGGGCGCUUUUUUUAUCAGCCAAUGUAGGUCAAAAGAUCGACUCAGAUAUCUAAAAGAAUUAAUGACAUACAUUCCCCUCGAUUCUUAUGGCAAAUGUCUACAUAGCAAGCAUAUAGAUAGACGAACUUAUGAUAAACGUCAAACUUUUGCCAAAUACAAAUUUGCCAUCUCAUUUGAAAAUUCUAUUCUACCUGAUUAUGUUACGGAAAAAUACUGGCAAGCUUUAACUUCAGAUGCUAUUGGUGUGUAUUGGGGAGCACCAAAUAUACGUGAUUAUUAUCCAAAACAACAAAAUAAAAUCAUGAUCGAAGUUAAAAAUUAUCCUGAUCCGAAAGAUCUGGCCAAUUAUUUAUUGAUGUUACAUUAUAAUAAUACAGCAUAUUUAGAAUAUUUUCAAUGGCGAUAUCAGCAAUUAGAUGAAACAUUUAAUCGUAUGAACAUCAAUGGUUUUGACAAUGGUGAACAACAUUCGUGGAUUUGUAAAACAUGCGAAAAUUAUCAUAACCAAUUCCAGUAA